AUGGACAGGCUGGCCGAAAUAGCUGAGAAGUUCGGGGACAGCCUGAAGCCCCAUCACAAGGAGCAAUUUGAAACCAGCACACUGGAAGACAUGCAAACUGAACUCAGCGACAUACAGUCAAAGCAGGACCAAACAAAAACCUUGAUGAACAUGAAUAGGAUUGAAAAGUUUCUAUCCGGGAUGGAAGAUCUCUCAAAGGCUCUCACGGCGGUAAAUAAUCGCGACGUAGGGCACGCCAUGGCAUACGUCUGGGGCUCGAUACGCUUCUUGCUUAGAGUUACUAGCCCAACAGAGAAACCCUUUGACAGCGUCCUCGAUGUUUACGAACAGCUUGGUGUACACCUCCCACAGUUGCAAAAUUUUGAGAAGCUGUUUCGCACGUUUCCCGGCUUCGAACAAUGCCUGGUGAACAUUUACGACGACGUUCAGAGGUUCCACAAGUUGGCAUACAAGCUCUUUUCGCUCCGCACAAAAUUAUGGCAACGACUUCACAAGUCCGUUUGGAAGGACCUGAACCACACGUUCAAGCAGCUUGCAAAGUCUCUAGACACACACCGAAAAUUUAUUCAAAUGCACAGCGCUGGCCUUAUAGACAAACCUCAUGGUUCCGGCAACAGCCAUUAUAAUAUCGAUAAUGGGCUUAAUACUGUAUAUCCACAGAAUUGGGAUCCUAUAAACGAUGAUUUCAACCGAUACCGCUACGGUGCAAAAGAAUUCUGGAGAGAGUUUGAGGAAAGUGAGGUUGAAAGAAAGAGGAAACAAAGGACAGCAAUCAAAGCUUGGAUCUCAUCAUCGAACAAAGUUGAAGAAAUGCACAAGAGAUUUCAAACCAUAAGAAAUACAUGUCCCAAAAGUGGACGGUGGCUUUUCAGGAGUUACGCCGAGGUCUCUGACUGGAUGAAAGAGGAUGAGCCACCAGAGUCUGCUAUUUGGCUUCAUGGGAGCAAAGGAUUCGGGAAAACAAUUCUUGCGUCACUCAUUGUGGAUGAGUUGAAAUCUCUUAGCACAUCAGAAACGAAGAACGUCAUUCCUUCCGAUAGCAGCAUAUAUUAUUUCUACUGCCAAGAAGACGAUAAUGAGCAACGAACCUAUCUCGACAUCCUCAAAGGAGUCUUACACCAAAUGAUCUAUGCGGACGAAUACAUUCUACCUCUUUGCGAUGACAGGAGGCAUCAAGGCGUAGAGGACAACUUGUCCAACGCAGAAACAGCGCAGACGCUCAUCGAGGCCUUUAUUGAGCAUGCACCCCGACAGUACAUAAUCAUUGAUGGAUUGGAUGAGUGUGAACCAAAUGAGGCACGCCAAACCGCACAUUUUUUCAUGCAACAGGUUUCCAAAUGCGACAACGAUGUAAAGCUUGGCCAACUGAGGGUAUUAUUCACCAGCCAAACGAUGCCAGAAUUAAGCAAACAAAUGCCCGAGGGCGACGCCAGCAUCACUCUUAAGCUUGACGAUAACGCCGAAGAUAUUCGCACCUAUGUGCAAAAGAGGAUGGUUGAGUUCUCAGCGUCAAAUGAAUUCAGCCGUGGUUUUAACCUCUCGGAUGCCGAUAAACAACAGAUGGAGAGCAUCGUCUGUCAUCAGAGUCAAGGCAUGUUUCUCUAUGCUCAUCUCACUAUGGAGUACUUGCUCCAACAACAGACAAAGGGGGAACUACUCGAAAAAAUCAAGCAAGAAAUGCUCCCUAAAAAGCUUGAACACAUAUAUGAAAAGCUCCUCGGUUCUAUCGAGGCAAAGCUCAAAGGGUUAGAAGGGGGCAAUUCUCAGUGGGAAAAGGCAAAGAUCCUGUUAGGAUGGUUGGUUUGCGCGAAGAGACCCCUCAAAUGGCACGAGAUUCAGUCCAUCUUAUCAUUCGACACGGUUAAAGAGGUGGUUGAUUUCGACAAUCGGAUGCUACGGCACAACGUACGAAAAUACUUGGGGUCUUUGGUACAUGUAUUAGAGGGAGGCCAUAUUCGGCUAAUCCACUCAACAGCGCGUCGAUACAUUAUCGACAACAAUCGUAUAAGUGAGAAUGAGGUACAAUGUAGACUAACAGCACUCUGUCUCAGGUAUCUAUCUCUGCCUUGCUUUGUAAAUGGCUACCAAGACAUACAGCGCAAGGAGAAUGCCAGGCAGGGCUGGUUCUCAUUUCAAGAUUAUGCCUGUUCCCAUUGGCAUAGCCACAUCAACACUGUCAUCAGAAGUUGUAACGACAUCAUAGUUCUUGACGAUAAUAUCCAGACACAGGCUGUGCAGGCUCAAUGGGAGUUCGCGACUGCCCUGGACCUUUUCAUCGAGACACAUGGCCACCAGUUGGCUUCCGAGAUCCAUGCGGAGCUAGAAGAGGAUCCAAUAGACAGAUUCCAAGGCUUCCCUGAAAAGUUCCACGAGAACCUCCGCAUCAUCUGGAACCAUAUCUUCACUCACCAGAAGGGUGAUUUUGAUUGCCGUAAUACUGUCGGCAUUACCCAGAUUGAUGACGCCCUCCGUAUAAACCGGACCUGCCUCGAGGAACAUUUUGCGCCCACCGACAGCGCUAUUAACUCUGAUACCAUCGAAGACUACUACGGCCCCAAUCUCUUUAAAUGUCAGCGAACCCUCUGCCGCUUCUUUUACGUCGGGUACAACAGCGCCAAGGCGCGCGAUAACCACCACGCCCGGCAUGACAGGCCGUUCACUUGUCCUGUCGCGUGUAACUUGGCGCCUAUAGGAUUUUCGAACAAGAAGGAUAGAGACCGGCAUGUGCGACUUUACCAUCGUGAGGAGAGUGACAGACCUUCCAGGUUCGAGGCACCGACCCGUAAGAAAGGACGUUUCAAGUGCUCGAUAUGCGAGGACACCUUCACAAGAAAAACUAAUCUCAGGGGGCACGAGCGGAGCCAUUUCGGGGAUCGACCUUAUUCAUGUUCUACUUGUGGUAAAGCAUUCGGCAGACAGAGUGAUUGCCGUAGGCACGAGAAGAUUCACGCCAGGAGAGGUGCAUGA